ACUGUUAAAUCACCCUCAAUUCCAUGCCUCUGCAUUUUCUCCAACAGCCUACCAUGUUACCUACUGGAGUGAAGAUCAGCAAUCAACUCUUUGGGUGGUGUGGCAGCAUCGAGGGGCUGAAUGGUCUCUGUCCCGAGAAUAAAUUGCAGCUCAGCUAUUCUCGCAGCAACUGGAGAUGAGAGUAGAAGUGUUUCCGUGAUUGAGAAGUCCCAAUCCUGGGCGGAGUUAUGCAACCGGUUCUUCCGGAGCCUGAUGACUCACUGACUCUUUUUAUUGUGAUUGGACCGGUGAUAUUUUGGGACCAAUCAGCGUGAAGGUGUCUCGGUGAACAGGAACAGGAACUAAAACCGAAAUUGCUAAAAAUCUGUAAAGAUAUUGGAGUUAACGUUUUAGGUCCAGUGACCCUUCUUCAGAACAGUUUAAUGCCACUUGGGUACAGCUCACAGAUUGAGACAGUCCGCUGGAAAGUAAUCUUUCCUUCCAGACUGUCAACUGAAGUCACGAUGAUUGGACUGAUAGUGCUGGGACUUUUGUGGGGAAAGCUUUCUGCAGAUAGAGCCUAUGAUAUCUGGUAGACCAUGAACAGCUACAGUGGUUAUAUAACAAAGCAGAUAAGACACUCACUCUCUCCGGUAUUUUGUCACUGGUAUGACUCCGAUUCCUGGUUUCCCAGAGUUUGUGAUUGUUGGUUAUGUGGAUGGGGUCCAGUUUGUUAUGUACAACAGCAAUUGGAAGGGGUUGAUUGCCCGGAAGCAGUGGAUGGUGGAUAGUGAAGGACCAAAGGCCUGGAACCGGAAACUAUUGCUUGCUCAGGAGCAAGAAGACAUUGUCAGACGCAAUAUUCCAAGAUUUAUGACACGGACCAACCAGACAGGAGGGAUCCACAUUUACCAGAUGAUGACUGGCUGUGACCUGAGGGAUAAUGGGACUGUAAGUGGGUUCACUCUCAGAGGAUGGGAUGGACAAGAUUUGAUCAGCUUCGAUAAGGAUCACAUGGUGUGGGUGACCCCAGUCCACUGGGCGGAAAGCAUCAAAAACAGGAAGGACCAGGAUGUGGUGUCUAACCAUCUAUGGAAGCAUUUUCUGGAGGUGGAGUGCAUUGAAUGGCUGAGGAAAUGCCUGGAGUACGGACAGAGGGAACUGAGAGUCGUUGCCCCGAUCGUGUCCGUUACCCGUCUGGGUGAUUUUAACUGGCUGGUCUGUCUUGUCACUGGGUUUUACCGACAAGCCAUCGAGGUGACUCUAUGGAGGGAUGGAGUGUUGAUCGAUGAGCCCCUGUCCACCGGGAUCUUGCCCAAUCACGACAGGACCUAUCAGAUCCGGAAAUGGAUAGAGUUUGAUCCAGAGGACCAGGCCGAGUAUUCCUGUCAGGUGGAGCACAGCGGAUUGGAGGAGAAGCUGGUGGUGAUUUAUGACCCAAAGUCUCAUGCCCAGGUUCCUGUUCCUAUUGGGAUUGUAUUCGGAGUCCUCUGGAUCAUCUCUCUCUCUGUUGUGGCUGUCACCAUUUACAAGAAGAAAGGGGGAAUGAAAAAUGACUACAAUCCAACAAACAGGGCCUCUGAUGUCCUUGCUGGAAACCAGGUUUCCAUUGCUGCGAUUGACCUUCUAAUUUCUUCCACCUGAAUUUCAGAAGCAAUUUGAAUUGCCGAUCCGGAAUAGUGAAGAGCCAGCCUAAUGGUGACCAUGUAACCAUUACGGUUUGUUGUUAAAAGUCAUCUGGUGCACUAAUGUCCUUCCACGAUAGAAAUCCUGACCUGGUCUGGUCUACAUGGCAUGACAGAGCUAGUUAACGCUUAACUGCCCUCUGGACAGCAAAUGCUGGCAUUGCCGGUGAUGGCCACAUCUCAGGAAACAGCUUUUAAUGUGGACAGUGUGAUUAUGUUUCCUGAGCAGAAACUUCAUCUCCACAGGACAGCACUCAGUUUUCAUGCCCCAUGCACUAUACCUCAGUCAAUUCAGCACAUACACAUGAUCUUCUUCAGCCAUUCGUCAGUGGGAUUAUCCCAGACCUCAGUUUGAAUUUUCCUGCAUCUUAAAUACUGAGUGAAGCCUUUUCUACAAACUUGUUACACAGCAAUAUCUCUGGAGCCUGAUGGAAGUCAACAUUACAUUACGAUGGUACAUACUGUCUCAUGGCAAUAGAUGUCAUGACUCCACCUCCUGCCCAGAGCAUGCUGCACCCUCACACUUUCUGACUUGAACUGUUUCCAUGUUCCCACUCCUAUCAAUUUAUACCCUUCCUCGUGCAAAUUCUCAAUAGAGCUGCGUACUCAUGGUCUGCAUUCCAGCCUCCUGUCUUGGGAUCAAGGCUGCACUAUUUCCUGUCCCACUCUCUCCAACUCGGAUUGUGCUGAGGUGUUUAUUGAGUCAUCGAGUCAUUACAGAACAGAAACAGACCCUUCAACCCAAACAAUCCAUGCCAUCUAUGUCCCCAAACUAAACUAGUCCCACUUGGCUGCGCCUGGUCCAUGUUACGAAAAACAUUUAUUAUUUGUGUACUCAUCCAAAUAUAAAUGGUGUAUCUGUACCAUGUCCACCACUUCCUCUAGAAAUUCAUUCCAAACACAAACCAUUCUCAGUUAAAAAUGUUGGCUCUCAUGUCGUUUUAAACGUUUUCUCCUCUCACCUUAAAAAAUAGUACCUGGUCUUGAAAUUCACCCCCACUCCACACACACACACACACACCCCUCUUACAUACUCUCACACUCACGCAGGCCCUCUCUCAUACACACAUAACUCCCCCCAUAUUCACAUCCACACAUUUGCCCUCUCACAGGUUUAUACUCUGUCACAAUCACGCACACACUGCCAAGCACAUGCACAUGAUUGAAUGGCGGAGUGGACUCGAUAGACCGAAUGUCCUUACGUCUGCUCCUAUGUCUUAUGGUCUUAUGUAAAUACAAACUCACGGGCACUCUCUCUCACACAUGCACACACACAAGGCUAUCAGGUGAAUUUGCAUUUGCAGAAUUGUUUUUGCAGAUACGUUGUGUACUUUUGGAGCAAAAUAUAAUCUGCAGGCAGUCAAUCCAUAUCACCUUAAGUUAUCUCGAGAAUGUGACUUAAAAGAAGUUCUGAUAUUUACAUAUUGAUGAACCAAAACCUACAAUAUAUUGUUUCAUUUGUAUGAUGUUGUGAUCUUUUGCUAUAAAUUCUGUGUCUUGUCCCACAGCUACCUGACGAAGGAGCAGCGCUCCAAAAGGUAGUG